UUGCAAGUUUCUAUAUAUCUGUCGACUCGGAGGGGAGGACUGUGAUGGACACUUUGGCGUGCGGGGACGCUCCGGUGUGCGUGACGCGCGCGGUGCUGCAUCAGCCUUGAGUCCCCCAACCCCCACCCACCCCGUGGCAGGACAGCUUCGAUCCUCCGAGUAAGCGCAAUGGCGCGCGCCGCGAGUCCUCCGAGACCCACGCACUGCGCACUCAUCACCUGGCCGCUCGUGCAGGAGCGCGUCUUAAAACGCGCGGUGGUCCACCCGUGGUCGUUUUGAACUUGUUGAGCGAGGACGGGACCUUGGAUCUUGGACCUUGGACUUCAACACUUGUUGCCACCCAGGAUGAUUGACAGCCAGACACGUUAAAGGGCCAUCUCCAUCCUGUCCUCUUCUCCAUGGGCUGCUAACCUCAGACAGGAAAAAAGGCUUGCACGUCACCUGGAAGGCAUGUCUUCCUACUUCCGCUGAUUUAGUCGCUGUCAGAGGAAGACGGAGAAGAAGAGGCGGGCCUUGCUCAUAAGUCUUUGUAAGGAGGUCCGGCUUGAAGGGGCCGAGGGAAGAGCGGUCAUGCAUCUCUAUCUGGCGCUGACGCUGCAGGCGUUGUGGUGCGGCGCUUGCCGAGCCGCCAUGCAGCACUACCCCGCAGCGUGGGGCCACUACGACGUGUGCAAGUCCCAGGUCUACUCCGACGAGGGCCUCACCUGGGACUACAUGGCCUGCCAGCCGGAGGCGGCCGACAUGACCCAGUACCUGAAGGUGACCCUGGAUCCGCCCAACAUCACCUGCGGGGACCCGCCCGAGACCUACUGCGCCCUGGAAAACCCGUACAUGUGUAACAAUGAAUGUGACGCGACCACAGAGGAGCUGGCCCACCCUCCAGAGCUGAUGUUCGACACCGAGGGCCGCAACCCGACGACCUUCUGGCAGUCCACCUCCUGGAAAAGGUACCCCAAAGCUCUCCUGGUCAACAUCACGCUAUCUUGGAACAAGACCAUCGAGCUGACAGACGACAUCGUCCUCACGUUUGAGUCGGGACGGCCGGAACAGAUGGUUCUGGAAAAGUCGCUAGACUACGGCCGGUCCUGGCAGCCGUACCAGUUCUAUGCCACGGACUGCCUGGACGCGUUCACCAUGGAGCCCAAGACGGUGCAGGACCUGACCCAGCACACCCUGCUGGACAUCAUCUGCACUGAGGAGUACUCUCGCGGUUACGUGUGGAAGUACGAUAAGACGGUUCGCUUUGAGAUCAAGGACCGCUUUGCGCUGUUUGCCGGGCCGCGGCUCCACAACAUGGCGUCGCUUUACGGCCAACUGGACACCACCAAGAACCUGAGGGACUUUUUCACCAUAACAGACUUAAGGAUCCGACUUCUGCGACCUGCCACCGGAGCUACCAUGGUGGAUGAGAACAACCUCUCCAGAUACUUCUACGCCAUCUCUGACAUCAAAGUCCAGGGCAGGUGCAAGUGCAACCUUCACGCCAACAGCUGCGUGUUUGACAAAGAGAAGCUGAGCUGCGAGUGCGAGCACAACACCACCGGGCCCGACUGUGGCCGCUGUAAGAGGAACUACCAGGGCCGGGCCUGGAGCGCCGGCUCCUACCUGCCUAUCCCUAAAGGCACUGCAAAUAUAUGUGUCCCUAAUAACAUUGGUCCAGUUAACUGCGAAUGCUUUGGCCACUCCAACCGAUGCAGCUACAUCGAGCUGCUAAACACCGUCAUUUGCGUGAGCUGUAAGCACAACACUAGGGGGCAGCACUGCCAGCUAUGCAAGCUGGGCUACUAUCGCAAUGCUUCGGCAGAACUGGACGAUGAAAAUGUGUGCAUAGAGUGUAAAUGUGAUCCCUCGGGAUCAGUCAGUGAUCGCUGUAAUGGCACGGGAUAUUGUAUAUGUAAGGAGGGCACCACGGGCUCUAAGUGUCGCCAGUGUCUGCCCGGCUAUAUGUGGGACGAUGGCUGCAAAUCUCGGGUGUGCGACAAUGAGCUCAUGCGCUGCCAAAACGGCGGCGCCUGCGUCAACAACGUCCGCUGCAGCUGCCCGCCGGCCUACGCCGGCCUGCUGUGCGAGAGGCGGCGCUGCGAGACGGAGCUGGGAGGUUGCCGGGGCGCCGACUCCGGCGCCGCCGGGCCUCCGCCAUGCGCCGUGGAUCCACCGCUCCUCCUCCUCCUCCUCCUCCUGGGCUCGACGCUGCUCUGAAGAGACCUGGUGGGAAGCGAUUAACCACCCUGCCGACACACACACACACACACACUUACACACACACACACAUCCCUCCUUUGAUUAAUUAACAAUCAUGAGCUUUGUGGACCAUAGCCGCUUCUUUUCUGAGCAGCCUCGACGAACACUGACGAUGUGAAAAAGGAAUGUGCCACACGAAUGAGUGCAAAAACUUUUGAAUUGAAUAUCAAAGAAUAUAUAUAUAUAUAUAUAUGUAUAUAUGUAUGUAUAAAAAUACAACAUAUGGACCAUAUUAAAAGAGUGCAAAGGACAAUGACACGUCCCCCCUCGCUCCUCCAUCCCCUCUUAGGCCAUACGGGUGCUUGAUCUCCAUCCUCUUGGAAGACGACCGUCCUCUCAUCGCCACGGCAACAACAGCUGCAGCCAAUCGGCUCUCUUUGGCGAGCCCCCUCCUGUGGGACGCUCCUGGGAGUUUAAUGUCGGCCGGACUUGUUG